GCUUUGUUGGAGUUACGACAUUUGGGGUAGCGAUUAUGAUUGGGGGAUGGACUGUCACGAUGUGGGUGAGAAAGCCAAAUUGUUUACACUGCAUGGCACUGUCAGUGAUCGACAUCCGGUCCCAAUUUGCGGGUAGUACUGGGCAAAUGACAUCAACGGGAUAGAGACGACGUGAUAGCAACGGCUCCAUGUGAACAUAUGAACAUCGCCACGAUGCGUGAGCGAUGCCUGUUCGCGCUUAUCACGCGUUCAUGCAAUUUACAGACUGCCAAAGUUAAGUCUGUUUGCCAUGAUACAAUGGCAAAGAUGAUUGAUUCGAAGCUCUUUCCGUACACGAUGAAGCGGUGUAGAGUCGACGUCGUCCUAGUCGACAUACAAGACAAGCUGCUUAAGGGUGCUGGCUUCAUCAAUCAUCAUUGUCGCGGUCUUCAAAGAACAUACGUUCUUGAUCGUGAACUAUGCAAGUAUCGAUAGAUUUUAAUUGUUGAAAAUCUUUUGUUGCUGAAAUAAACCUGGAGAUUGUCGGCUAUGGAUUGGUCGCUAGAAACACCUUCUGUUGCGAGGCUGACAUCGUCGUGUAAAGUCUUCCAUUGACGAGAUGUUGGUUUUAAACAUGGUUGCGAAGUUUUGCGAAAUGUUUGGCUACGCUUACUCUUAUUACCCGCAGCGAUGAUCAAGUCAUGGCGUAUCUGGGUUCGCGGGAUAGACAGGUGGUAGAACCGUCGGAGAAGAAGAGAUUUACGCGCUACUGGAAUACCCACACUUGGUGAUUCCGAAUGAUCUAAUGCGGGAAGUCUGCAAAGUCUAACACCAUUGACGGUAGAGCAAACGAAGAUGAUCAAGAAUGAGGUUUCAAACGAACGAGGUGAGAAGGCAUCAGCUUAUUCGGAUUCCGAUCUGAACACCGAAUUGAUUGCCAAAAGGAGGCUAGUCGAAAAUGUUCUUAUGGACAUCAAUGAAUGAAAAAGAUAAUUUACUCUGGGUUUAGUAUAAGCAGAGAAUUGUUUUUACAGCAAAACAUUUUACAGCGUUGAUAAAAUGGAGGAAGCUUUGUGCUGGCUAUUUCUUUAAUUGAUCAAAGAGUUUUGACGAUUGAAGACCCAAUUUUUUCAUUUCGAAUGAACGGUACUGCGGAUGGACUGCUUAUUAAACGACUAAGGGUGGUUGAUCGACCAUUUUACGCUGGCUGGGUGAGACUUUUUCCUGUUUUCCAAGCUGUUGGACAAUUUGUGAGCUGCGGCAUCAAACACUGUUCACCGUGUCUGUCGAUUCAUCUGAACGACCAUCGGCAUUCAUCAUAGUUCAGCGACCCAAGUUACAUUACGAUGUCUCAAGCACGCGUUUAAGUAUAUCGAAAAGCUGUGCUGGAACAAUGAAGUCGAUCUCCUUAUCUCUACCAUUCAUUUCUGGAUCAUUUGAUACAAUCAAGGUUGAUAACUUCUGACUUCAAAUGGAAUUAGCUUGCAAUCUGCAUCCUUGUGAUGCGCUUCAUCACCAGUAAUCUUUCUAAACCAGACUUUUAAUGUGUUGCGAAGAUUUAUCUCGUGACUAUAUUGCUAAACAUGAUAAAAUUUGGUCAAACGUAAAGUGCAAAGUGUAUUAAAAACGAGUUUGCUACUGUUCUACUGUUACG